AACUGAAUUUAGUUGCUGCUUGUAAUUGUAUAGGUGUUGUUGAUUUUUCAUAACUUAAAACAUCUUCAUGAUCAGAUUCAGGAGCCAAACUGUUUGGUUUAGUGUUUUGAUCUCAAAAACACUUUUAAAGUAUAAUCAAUUAUAUCUUUCAUGAAACAAUCUUAUUUUUGUAUAACCUGACUUAUUUUUUGUGUUUAUGUCAGUUGACCAUCUUAUCAAUAUUUGUGUUUAAGGUACGAGACAAGUCAAACAGCAAACCUAAUGCAGUCCACUGACUGCUGCAACAUACCCUUGGAGAUUUAUUAAUUUAUCCUUACCUACAUUUUACCUUAAUUUUUCUCUGUCUCUCAAUCUUUUUUCUCUUUCUUCAUCUCUCUAUUUCUCUUUCUUGUUCUUUUUCUUUCUACUUUUUUUCCCUACCUCUGUCUCUCUCUUUCUCUGUGUAUUGUGUGUGUGCGUCUUCUCUAUUCAUCAUCAACAUCAUCAUAAUCAUAAUCAUCACCAUCAUCAACAUCUACAUCAAAUAUCCAUUUUUUGUAUUUUCUUUAUCUUCAAUUUUUUCUACACUUCUGUUCCAAUGUCUGUCGUAUCCACAGGAAUGGAAACCAACAUUACCCUAUGGCAGUUUUUGUUGGAAUUACUUUUAAAUAAUCAGUAUAAACAAAUCAUCACUUGGACCAAUACUGAUGGUGAAUUUAAAUUGGUAAAUGCCGAGGAAGUUGCCCGUCUAUGGGGUUUAAAGAAAAACAAACGCAACAUGAAUUAUGAUAAACUAAGUCGUGCUCUUCGUUACUAUUAUGAUAAAAAUAUCAUUAAAAAAGUGCUCGGACAAAAAUUUGUUUAUCGAUUUGUGGCUUUCCCUGAAAUUAUUAAAAUGGAAAAUAAGAUUCCUUUCCAUGUUAAAAUGGAAAGUAUUUCUAAUGGUUCUAUGGGUGGGAAUGGAUCACCAGUGGAAAAUAUUAUGCCAUCCGGUAUUCCUGGAGGUCCAAUUGGUAGUCCACUAAGUGGAGAAUCUAAUUCAAAUGCAAGUAAUGCCAGCAAUGGUGGUCCAAACAGUCCCACCAUGCCGAACAAUUUAAACAAGCAUAUUGCUAAUUUGAGAGACUUAAAUCUAAAUAAUGGGAACAAUCAUCAUCCUCACCAUAAAUUUUUGAUGCCUUCUAAUGUUCCUCCACUCACCUUAAACUAUCCCGGUGGAUCUCCUUCACCUUCUCUUGAACCAACUGACCUCUCAUGUAAAAGCUCACCUCGUUCUAGUAGUCGUAACAGUAAUCAUUACAAUGGAGGCAUCGGUCUCUUACCAAUGAAUCUUAACGGCAAACGUUUCAAUGAGAUUGAUACUGAAUCAAUCAGUGAUGAGAUUGACAGUGACGGAGGUACCAGUAAUGGUAGUUCCAACAAAAAGACAAAAGUACAUCUUCUUGGCUCAUCUUCUCGCUCGCCUUCACCUUCAUCAGCAGCUUCUGAAGCAUCAUUACCAGUUAGUGAAGAGGACAACGGGUCACCUAUUAACCUAGUACAAUCAUCAAGGAGUCGUGAUUUCUCAAGAGAACGUGAUUCUGACUCUUCGAGCAAUACAAGAGAUACAAAUAAUAACAACAACACUAAUGGAUUAAACAAUAGUUCGCGCAAAGCAAAACCCAAACCACCACCGAUAACGGGAAUUCCAACGAGUCCCACAAGACUAGGAGCAACUUACGCUUCAUCACUUCAGACACCGAUAGUCACAUUUGCAUCUCCUUUUUUCAAUACAAAAAACACAACUCCUGCAGGAUUAUUACCCUCGGCGGCUGCAGCAUUUUCAUUCUGGAACUCAUUGUCACCUCUUAUUCUGAGUCCAAGAUAUGGUCCUGGAUCACCGGCUGCUACACCAACAUCUAGUUCCAAUCAUUUCCAAUUUCCCGUUGGACAUCAUUUGAGCAGUAAUCAUUCCUCACCACCAGGAUCUGCACUUAAUUUACUACCUUCUUCAUCAAGUCUAAAUCCAUUAACGCCUUACUCAUUGUCUCCCCUUCUUGCCUCUUCACCUUUUUCAACGUUUGACCCACAGAUGUUGUUCUCUCCAUCACCAUCAUCUAAAUCAAUCUCAGUCCUUCAAUAACACACUUUUGAAAACUUUCACUUUCUUCCACUUUCUCAUCCUCUUUUCCUUUUCAUCAAGAGUAACUACAAUCUGUGAAUAUGUCUAUCUUUUUUUUCGCUUUCUGAAUAAGAAAUUAAUCAAUAUUUGUAUUUAAAUUACAUAUAAUGAUACGUUGUUAAAUAGUCACUUAUUGAGAUUGUUGUGAUUCUAGUUUGAACCAGUGAUUCGGUUUCUCCGGUUUAACUUAAGUGUCUUGAUUAAACAAUCAACGGAAUUUAUUUUUCUUGUUCUAACGAUUCAUCUUUGUGAUUAUCAUCUCAAUAACAAUUAACUUAAACUUUCCCUUGAAA